CAGAGCAUUAUGGUCUGUGAGAGCAGCCGUACACACUGCAGAGAAAAGGCGAUGGGGGCAGUGUUCAUCUGCGCAAUGGAUCAGGCUGCAAAACCCACUGAUAUGCUGGAAUUUCUUGCAAAAUCUGUAGGAUCACCCAAUUUUUGAGAGUAAAGCUAAGGGCAAAAAUCUCAGGAUACAUGUAGUUUUGGAUUUGAGAGUCUAUAAAAAGCAGUGCCAUGCCUCUGAGAAACGAAAAAGCCUUCUGCAUCGAAGCAAACUGAGGAUACCGAAAGAUAUAACAGAAGAAAAGGAAAAGCCAGGAGAAUGGUUGGGAUCUGGAACAUUGUUCUCACUCUGCCGGUUGGCUUUUUGAUUCUGUCCUAUGUGAAACUUCUUUGGACUCGUAGCAGGUACCCACCUGGACCUUUCCCACUUCCUCUCCUUGGAAGCCUGUGGUGGGUGGGACUCAGGCUUUCUCCGGACAGUCUUGCAAAGAUUACUAAGAAAUAUGGAAGCAUGUGCACAGUAUGGAUAGCACACUAUCCCAUCAUAAUCUUGUCUGGGUAUCAAACAGUGAAAGAAGGCCUAAUCAACCACUCAGAAGAGUUACUUGACCGACCAUUAACCCACUUCGCGGUCGAGGCCUUCAAUAGAAAAGGUAUUGGCUUUACAAAUGGUCACAUCUGGAAAGAACAGAGGCGAUUUGGUAUAGUUACUAUGCGGAAUCUGGGUCUAGGGAAGCAAGGCAUGGAGUACCAAAUUGAGGAGGAGGCCCGUCGACUUGUAGAGGCCUUUUCACAGAAAAAAGGGGAGCCAUUUGUACCUUCACUAUUGAUCAGCAAUGCCAUCUCCAGCUUGAUAAGCGUUGUGAGUUUUGGAUACAGAUUUUCUUACGAAGAUGUCAUGUUCCGGAAAUUGAUGGACGGCGUCGAUACCAUGGCACAAUUUUCAGUCUCCUUCUUUCAUGUUUUGUAUGACUUCUUUCCAUGGCUUAUGAAGUAUCUCCCAGGGCCUCAUAAGGAUGCCUUGACGUUUAUGCAAGAAGCACUAUCAUUUGCAAAGGAGGAGAUAAAGAAACACAAGGAAUGCCAGGACCCGCAUGAGCCACAGGACUUCAUUGAUUUCUAUCUAAUUCAAAUGGAGAAAAGCAAGGGUGACCCCAAGUCUACUUUUAGUGAAGAUAACCUGGCCCAGUCUAUUCUUGACCUCUUUGCUGCAGGAACAGAGACCACUUCCAGUACUCUGCAGUGGGCACUUCUCUUCAUGGUGGCUUAUCCAAAUAUCCAAGAAAGAGUCUACAAAGAGAUGGAAUAUGUUUUUGGCUCCUCUCACUCAAUCUGCUACCAAGAUCGCAAGAAACUGCCUUACACCAAUGCUGUGAUUCAUGAGGUCCAGCGGGCAAAGUAUAUCUUACCAGUUGGGGUCCCCAGACGGUGUUCGAAGGAGUUGAAGAUGCUUGGCUUUCACAUUCCAAAGAAAACCCUUGUUGUUACAGAUCUAAAUUCUGUCCUUUCUGACCCCAAGCACUGGGAGACUCCUGGCGAAUUCAACCCAAACAAUUUUUUGGACAAGGAGGGGAAUUUUAUUACGAAAGAAGAAUUUCUGCCAUUUGGAGCAGGUGCUCGAGCAUGUCUGGGGGAACAGAUGGCGAGGAUGGAGCUCUUCCUUUUCUUCACCCACCUGCUGAGAGCAUUCAAAUUUCAGCUGCCUGAAGGAGAAAAAGAAAUCAGCCAAGAACCUGUCAUUGGCCUGUCAAUGCAUCCCCAACCUUAUAAACUCUGUGCUAUUCCUCGCAGUAUUUUAUGAUAAAACACAUUUUUAAAUGGUU